AUGACAAGUAGGACUUCUCCCAAGCUCCACGAAUCGGGUUCUUUCUCUUCCUCGAGGGGUCUUGGAACUCGUGUCUCUCCCGCCGCGAGAAGGAGCAGCGGACACAUCGAGGGUUCUGGUUGGAUCCCCUUGGCCCGAAUUGUCGCCUUGCCUCUGGAAGCGUCUUGGAUUUCUGCGAAGAAAGACUUUACAAACUCUGGAUAUAGUGAUCACGCCUACAGUGUGCUCAAGAACUCUCGCUCAUUCUGCCUGUUCUUCGACCUCGCCGGCUACCCUGCUCACCGGGACUGGAUUGACCUUAUGACCUAUUCGACAAGCCUUCCGGAAAGCAAGACCCACUCCGCUUUAUCACGCCCUACCAAACUUCAUGAUCUUCUUCCCUCAUCGGGCUCCAACCCCACGAUGACCACAACCCACUCUCCCAACUACGACCAACAAAAGAAAACAUAA